GAAGCUGCCUCUGAUUUGCAGGGAGAAUCUGAAGGACUACUAAUAGAGAGAGGAGAGAAGAAGAACAAGAAGAAGGAACAAGAACGCCAAGAACAGAAACAGUUAAUUUAUAUUGUGCGUAUAGAGAGAGAGAGAGGCCAAUUGUUAAAAUUUUGAAAAUUCCAAUCAAGUCCUCCUUUACUUGUUAUCCAAUCCUCGUUUAUUCACUGUUUCAACCGCGUUUUUGGGGAGUUUGAGGUGCUUGGAUUAUCAAAUUCCUUUUGUCGUGGAAUUUGCUAUUGGUGUGGUUACGGAGAAGGAAUUGAGCGCUGUGCUGUUGCUAUUAAUUGAUCCAGUGAGAACUGAAACGUCAUGUUCGAGGGUCCUUACUUGCUGAGUUCGAGGAGGGAGAUAACUACCCUGUGCCAGCCGGAAACCAAGUGGGCUUAUAUGACCUGCAUGGUGGACUUAAGUAGCAAGCGACCAUUAGAAAUUGAUGGGGAAGAUGAUUGUCGUCAUCAACGUAACAAGUCUUUAAAGCUAUCUAGUUCCCGUGGAACAAUACGGGGAGCUUCUCUUGAGCAAUCUGAUGAGCAACGAUCCCGUGCUGGAGAUUCAUCAGAUUCACACUCACUUAUCCACUCAAUUGGCCGAGACAACUCCAUUAGCUGUUUCCUUCGUUGCUCAAGGUCUGACUAUGGUUCCCUUGCCUCUCUGAAUCGGAAUUUCCGGUCCUUGAUUCGGAGUGGGGAGUUGUAUAAGCUGAGGAGGCUGAAUCUUGUGAUUGAGCAUUGGGUUUAUUUUUCUUGUCAUUUACUUGAAUGGGAGGCCUUUGAUCCAAUUCGUCAUCGGUGGAUGCAUUUGCCAAGGAUGGCUUCAAAUGAAUGCUUCAUGUGUUCUGAUAAGGAAUCUUUGGCAGUGGGCACGGAAUUACUUGUCUUUGGUAGGGAGCUAACGUCCCAACAUAUAACCCAUGUUAUAUAUAGGUAUAGUAUUUUGACAAAUUCAUGGUCUUCGGGGAUGAGAAUGAAUUCUCCAAGGUGUUUGUUUGGCUCUGCUAGCCUUGGAGAAAGAGCAAUUUUGGCUGGUGGAUGUGAUUUGGAGGGAAAUAUUUUGAGCUCUGCUGAGAUGUAUAAUUCUGAGACUCAAACUUGGAAGAUAUUGCCCAGCAUGAAGAAUCCAAGGAAGAUGUGUUCUGGGGUAUUCAUGGAUGGGAAAUUUUAUGUUAUUGGAGGAAUUGGAGGACCUGAUUCAAAGCUUCUUACAUGUGGAGAAGAGUUUGAUUUGGAGACGGAAACUUGGACUGAAAUUCCUAACAUGUCUCCUGCCCGUGCUGCUGCUACAAGGGAAAAUGAUAGGCCUGCAUCUGGUGAGGCACCACCCUUGGUUGCAGUAGUAAAUAAUGAACUUUAUGCUGCUGAUUAUGCUGACAUGGAGGUGCGCAAGUAUGACAAGGAGAGGAGACUGUGGUUUACAGUGGGAAGAUUGCCUGAAAGGGCAAACUCAUUGAAUGGUUGGGGUCUGGCAUUUAGAGCAUGUGGAGACCGACUUAUUGUCAUUGGUGGACCUAGGACUGCUGGUGAAGGUUUCAUAGAGCUAAAUUCUUGGGUUCCCAGUGAAGGACCUCCACAGUGGGACUUGCUUGCUAGAAAGCAAUCCGUUAAUUUUGUCUAUAAUUGUGCUGUGAUGGGUUGCUGAAGAUUUGGAUAUUGGUGGCACCAUCCCGACUGUGGUGGUGCUGCUUCUACAGGAUGUACAAGAUUGGUUUGUCCUCAACACAGGAUUCUUGCUAAUGGGUAAUUUUCUCCUUCUUUCUUUUCUUAUCUUUUCCCGUUUGGGUGGGGGAGGAUGGGAACAGUUUCACAUUUUACUCAAGAUUCAAUGAAAUGUUUUAUUGGAAGGAGGUCUUGAGCUUUUUAUUUCUUUUUCCAAACUUUAUUCAAAAUUUCUUCCAUUAAAUUGGUGUCUUCCCCCAUUUUUAGUCGCAUGAAAAACUUGCAAAGGUUGGCGUUAUGUAGCACAGGAAUAGGUUUAAUAAUUUGAAGUACCAACACAUUGGUAGGUUGUCAUUAGAGUUUGCUGAAGCUUUUUUAAGAACACAACUAGAAUAUGGGUUUCAUGAUCCUUAAUUUUCUUGGCAUUGUCUUCGAGGGAGGAAAUAAGUUCUGGGAGGUUGUCAUCUUUGAUGCUGGCAUAUGUACUGAUUACAUUUAUCCUGGCAAUUGAUGGGCUAUAUAUUAUGAGCAUUUUAUUUCUUAAUCUCGUGUAUCCUUUUGGAACCUUCAAUUAAUUAAAUUUUUUUUUUUCUCA